GGAAGCAGCCCUGCUCUCCGGCCAUCGAUUGUCAUGUCUCUGCAGUGCAACAUGUGGCGCUUCCAGGGGCGGAAGUCCCGUCGGCCAUCACGAGGAGAUGCCCUGUCCCGGACGCGCCUUCUGCAUGCAGUCCAGCUUUUGAUAAAUAUCUCAAAUAUCUCGCUGUACCACGCCGGGCUGAGCCAUCUGCUCUGUCUCGAGCGCGUGCGUAGCAUUCGCUUCAAGUCCUUCUUUUUCUGAUUGUUGAUCUGGGAAUAUAUUGUGUAAUUCUGUCUGUCCUUCUCUUGGUUUGCCCGUCAUGGGCCUUUUGCGCGGCCUGCUCGAGAGCGUCUCCGAGACCCUCGAGCUGUUCUACACAGCGACGGCUACGCUGACCCAGGAGAGCACCAACGGGCUUUCGCUCUUGGGGACUCUAUUGGCCCGCGUCCUGCCCCUUUUCCUGACAAAUAAUCCGCUUCCCGAUGGAUUUCCAUGGGGCUCUUUAUCUGACACCAACACCAAUCCGUAUGUCGACUACCCUCGGACCGGCGUGGUUCGGUACUAUGACUUCACGGUCAGCCGCGGGAUCAUCGCGCCCGACGGGUACCAACGGGACGUUCUCCUUGUCAACGGCGCCUAUCCCGGUCCCCUCAUCGAGGCGAACUGGGGCGACACGAUUGUCGUGACUGUGCACAACAACAUCAGCAACCCCGAAGACGGCACUACCAUCCACUGGCACGGUUUCCUUCAACGUGAGACUCCUUGGGCUGACGGGGCGCCGGGGAUCUCACAGUGUCCCAUCCCGCCCGGGAGCAGCUACACCUACGAGUUCGUUGCCAGUCUGUUUGGCACCAGUUGGUAUCAUGCCCACUACUCGGCACAGUACGCUGGGGGUGUCGUCGGGCCCAUUGUCGUUUACGGCCCGACACAUGCCAAGUACGAUGUCGACCUUGGUCCGAUCAUGCUGAGCGAUUGGUACCACAGAGAGUACUUCGACAUUGUCAAGGAGCUGCUAUCUCCAAAUGCCAGCCCGAGGGUGCUGUCGGACAACAACCUGAUCGACGGCAAGAUGAACUUUGACUGCUCGACAGUUGCCCCUGGAGACAACACCCCGUGCACCGAUAGAGCCGGUAUCUCGAAGUUCAAGUUUCAGACGGGCAAGACGCACCGCCUGCGUCUGAUCAAUUCGGGCGCCGACGGUGUCCAACGCUUCUCGAUCGACCAACACACUCUGACUGUCAUCGCGGAAGACUUUGUGCCCGUGAAGCCGUACAACACCACGGUGGUCACCUUGGGGGUCGGUCAGCGCACCGACGUGCUUGUCACGGCCAACGCUGGCCCGCCCGAUUCUCUGUUUUGGAUGCGGUCCAACCUGACGACGUGCUCGCCCGCGCGGCAGCCCAACGCCUUGGCGGCCGUCUACUACGACAAAGCCGACACUUCGGCCACGCCGUCCAGCAGACCCUGGGAUGUUCCGGAUCCAGGAACCUGCGCCAACGACCCGCUCGACAUCUCGGAGCCGCUGUAUCCGAUACCGUUGCCCAAGCCCGCCAUUACCCAGACCAUGGAUAUCGAGCUAUUCAAGAACGCUUCGAAUGUGACGCUUUGGAAGUUCAACGGCGUGUCCAUGAGAACUGACUACAAUAGCCCGGUGAUCCUGCUUGCCAACCAGGGCAACUUUAGCUACCCGCCUGAAUGGAACGUGGUGAACUACCAACAGACAACGGCGAUCCGCAUCAUCAUCAACAAUAAGGGGCCCGGCCCUCACCCGAUGCAUCUCCAUGGGCACAACUUCUACAUUCUGCAUGAAGGCCCCGGCGAAUGGGACGGGACCAUCGUUCGGCCGUCAAACCCGAUGCGGCGGGACGUGGAACUCGUGCGCGGCAACGGUCAUCUUGUGAUACAGUUCGACGGCGCCCCUGGCGUCUGGGCUUUCCACUGCCACAUCGCCUGGCAUUCCUCGGGCGGCUUCCUGGCAUCGCUUCUCGUUCAGCCACACAAGGUGCAGCAGAUGCACCUUCCUGGCGAUGUCGAGCAGAACUGCCGAGCCUGGGACUUAUGGACGAAGCACAACGUUGUCGACCAGAUUGACAGCGGCACAUAACAGUUUGUUGCGCCGCCAGCAUCACCCUUCUGGAGGCAGCGUGCUUCUUGGAG